AGAAACCCUUUGUUCAUUUUUCUCAAACCCCAUUUCUAUAUUUUAGAGUAUUUCAAUGAACACUGCUUCAGAUUCUCCAUUAUCUUCAUCUUUAUACCAUUUCCAUUCCUUCUCCUCUUCCUCAAUUCCCAUUCCCAAUUCUUAUCUUCAUAUAAUGCGAUUCCAGGCCCUUCAAUUUAACCCCACCCCCUCGGUUAAACUUCCUUUCAAACCCCUCUGCCUCUGGAUCCACUCUCAAUUUCUCCAUCAUGGCCAAAUCUAAUCCCUAUAUUCAACACACUCCUUUCUCAUCCCCAUCUCCUCAACCUGGCAAAAGAGAUAGGGUCUGGGAUGCAUUGGGUCGCUGCGGGAAGAUGUUGGAAGGUUAUGGAAAAAUGGCAGGGGAAGCUGCUGAAAACGUUUGGCAUCACAUAAAAGUUAGUCCUAGCAUUGGUGAUGUUGCAAAGGCCAGGUUUGUUCAAGGAACGAAAUUACUUGCUGAAGGAGGACCCGAAAGAUUAUUCCACCAUACAUUUGGUGUUGUUCCUGGAGAAAAAUACUUGCACUCAUAUGCUUGCUAUUUGGCAACUCCCACUGGUCCUGUGAAUGGGACUCUUUACAUAUCCACAAAAAGAUUGGCUUUCUGUAGUGAAUCCCCUCUUUAUUAUUCUUCAUCUCCUCCUGGGCAGUCAGAGUGGCUCUAUUACAAGGUGGUGAUAGAGCUGAAUCGGGUGGCAAAUUUACGGCCUUCUCCAAAUCUUCUCGACCCAUCUGAAAAAGACAUUCAUUUAGUCACUAAAGAUGGGCAUGAAUUCUGGUUCCUGGGGUUUUUAUCGUUCAGCAGGGCUCUAAAGAACUUAAAUGAGGCAUUAAAGGGAUCCUCUCCCUAGUUUGUUUGGAUGAAUCCAUAUGGUUUGAGAGUUUCUGCUUCCUCUCUACAUCCUAUGUCUAUGUCUUCUUACUUGUGCUUGUGUUUGUUCCUAUGUCUUCUUAUUGCAACUAACUACUUUCCUCAAUAACAUGUUGUAUCUUGAAAAAGCUAUCUACUUUACUCAAUAAAGAUGUUGUAACUAGAAAAUGUUAGGUAUGUUAUUCUAGUGAAAAUAAAGAAUCAAUGAUUUCUUA